AUGCCUAGUAUAGCGAAGACUGUGUACUGGGCGCUUGUUGUAGCGUGGGGCGCGUCGCUCUACCAAAUCUACUUGAAAGACCUUUUUGCGAUUACUUUUGGUGUUGGGCGCGUGAUACAGAGUAUCGAAGACUUCCCAGAGUUUAGCUGUCGCCGUUUAGUACAUCCAAGCCUGGAGGCGUGCGAGGAUAUUUGGCUGGACAAUGAGGGGAGAACGUUGUAUGCUGCUUGUGCAGGUACGGCGGCCAGACUGGCUUGGAAUCAAGCCAUGAACGACCUCAACGUAACUGGACGACGGCCUGGCGGCUCAGAACUCCUCGCCUUGGACAUCGACGAGCCUGGUGAAGACGGUCUUUACAAUCUUCGCAGUAUCAAGCCGAUAGGCCAUUACAAAGGAGCGACUGGAAACGCGGAUCUCGAUCUCCUGGGCUUCGAUGUUCAGAUCUUGGAUGAUAACACUAUUCGCUUCUACUUUGUCAACCAACGACCACCAGUCGAUGCGUCCAAUAGCAUUGUCGAUGCUUCUGAAAGCGGCGCAAACUCGACAGUCGAGAUCUUCGAGAUGAGGAAAGGGCAGGAACAGAUGCGACACGUUCGCACCGUCUUUUCCGAUGAGAUUUGGACGCCAAACCGUGUCGCGGCGCUUGGUGAUGGCUCUGGUGGAUUUCUGGUUACGAAUGAUCACUCAGUCAAGGUUGGCAUGCGCCGAGAACUCGACUACUUCAUCGGUGGAGGAAACGUCGCCUAUUGCGACGGAGCUGGAAAUUGUCACGCAGCCUACGACGGCAGCGAGGAGCGCGAGUUCACUCAAUCAGACGCGCCCAGUGAGCCAAAGUACAGGAUCUACCUCAACAAGGCGCUCAAAUACCUUCCCAAGACGAAGCUUAAAUUCCCCAACGGACUAGCGCUCGGCCGAGACGGUCUCUUCUACGUCCCCAGCUCCAUCGACGGUCAAAUCCGCGUCCUAGCACUCCAGCCCGACAAGACUCUCAGCAUCGUCGAUACCAUUCACGUAGGAAUGCCGCUCGACAACAUCUCCCCAGACGCGAACGGCGAUAUGUACGUCGCGGGUUUCCCAAACCUAUACCAAGCUGGCAAAGGAUUCGACGAUCCUUACAACGACAUCUCACCCGUUACCAUCUGGCGUGUUAGGAAGACAGUGGAUGUUGGUAAGACUGGCGUGAGGAGUGUAGAUUAUAGGGUUGAGAAGGUUAUCGAAGAUAAAGAUGGGAAGGUGUUGAGUGGGAGUACGACGGUCAGGCAUGAUGUUAAGACCGGGAGGUUGUUUGUCAGUGCUGCGGUGCACCCAUUCCUUGUGGUUUGCGAACCUACGAAAUGA